GAGUGAAGAUUUUCACAUAACCCUCUCCGGUAAAAAUGUCACCGGAGACAAUCCUGAUCCCAAAAGUAAUAACCCUUUUUAUAUUCAGCCGUUGAGUCAUACAAGUGAGAAAAUUCUUCGGGUUUUGAAAAUUGAAACCAAUGAAGAGCCACACCUACUAAUCUUAUAAAAACACACAAAAACACCAAAACAACAUUGAUUGUUUUACUCUUCAAUCAAUCUUCAAAAUCCCUCACACACCAAAACAAACCAUGUCCUCUUCCUUCAAAUUCAAUUAUUUCCAUUUCUGCAUCAUCAUAUUCACAUCACACGUCUUCGCUGCAACACCCAUUUUGUCAUCAACAGAUAAUUCCUCGUUCAACAACUUUCUAGACAGUGCCAAGAGUCCAGAGGUUUUCAAUUGGAUGGUCAGUAUCAGAAGGAAGAUUCAUGAGAAUCCAGAAUUAGGUUAUCAAGAAUUUGAAACAAGUGAACUGAUAAGAUCAGAAUUGGAUAAAUUGGGUAUCCCUUAUAAACAUCCAGUUGCAAUCACUGGUGUUGUUGGUUUCAUAGGAACUGGAUUCUCUCCUUUUGUUGCUUUAAGAGCUGAUAUGGAUGCUCUUCCCAUGCAGGAAAUGGUGGAGUGGGAGCACAAGAGUAGAGUACCUGGAAAGAUGCACUCGUGUGGUCAUGAUGCUCAUGUUAGCAUGCUACUUGGUGCAGCAAAGAUUCUCAAACAGCAUGAAAAAGAGAUACAAGGAACUGUUGUUCUUGUUUUUCAACCAGCAGAGGAAGGAGGUGGAGGGGCUAAGAAAAUUUUAGACGAAGGAGCACUAGAAAACAUUACGGCUAUCUUUGGAUUGCAUAUUGAUCCUGAAUUACCAAUAGGUGAAGUGGCCUCUAGGUCUGGUCCAAUUAUGGCAGGAAGUGGCUUCUUUGAAGCAAAAAUAAGUGGAAAAGGAGGUCAUGCAGCUAUUCCUCAACAGUCUAUAGACCCCAUAUUGGCAGCUUCCAAUGUAAUUAUUAGCUUACAACACAUUAUUUCUCGCGAGGCUGAUCCUCUAGACUCCCAGGUAGUGACGAUUGCAAAGUUCCAAGGAGGCAGUGCAUUCAAUGUUAUUCCAGAUUAUGUGACAAUUGGUGGUACCUUCCGAGCCUUUUCUAAACAAAGCUUCAACCAACUGAGACAGCGGAUUGAGCAGGUUAUCAUUGGACAAGCUGGCGUGUAUAGGUGCAAUGCAACUGUAGACUUCCUUGAAGAUUGGGAACCUUUCAAUCCUCCAACUGUAAACAAUGAGGACCUGCACGAGCAUUUCAUGAAUGUUGCAGUGAAUAUGCUUGGCAUAAGAUGUACCUGGUGUUGACAGAAAAACUCAUGAUGAAUUAUAAAUGUUGAUUAAUACACCUUAGCUUUGUUUGUA